ACCCAUAUCAUCUUCUCUCUUUGAAAAUUAUAACUUUGUGUUAUGUAUAAAUAGGAUCAACCUUAGACGCCAAAAGCAGCAGCAUCAGCUACUAAAAUACCCAUCAUGAAUUGCCCACAGGAUUGGCCCGAGCCUAUUGUCCGAGUACAGUCCCUGUCAGAAAACGGCGUCGUACCCGAUCGGUACAUCAAACCACCGACGGAAAGACCAAGCUCCGAUCACCCCACCGACGCCAACAUCCCCAUCAUCGACUUCCAACCCUUGCUAUCAUCAGAUAACGGCGACGAUGGUCUCCGUGCCGCCACACUUGCUAAAAUCUCAGAGGCUUGCCGGGAGUGGGGCUUCUUUCAGAUAGUGAACCACGGCGUCAGUCCAGAACUGUUGGACCAGACGCAGAAGGUUUGGCGGGAGUUUUUCCAUUUGCCGAUGGAGAUGAAACAGGCCUAUGCCAACUCGCCCAAGACUUAUGAAGGGUAUGGGAGCAGGCUUGGAGUUGAGAAAGGCGCCAUUCUUGACUGGAGUGACUACUAUUUCCUUCACUUUCUUCCGUUUUGUUUGAAGGACUACAACAAGUGGCCUUCCAUCCCGGACGGCAGGGAAGUGAUAGAUGAGUAUGGGAGGGAAGUAGUGAAGCUGUGCGGGAGAUUAAUGAAGGCUUUAUCACUAAACAUUGGAUUAGAGGAAGAUUUUCUUCAAAACAAAUUUGGAGGGCAAGACAUUGGGGCUUGUCUAAGAGUGAAUUUCUACCCAAAAUGUCCUCAGCCAGACCUCACUCUUGGUCUCUCAUCACACUCCGACCCAGGAGGCAUGACCUUGCUACUAUGUGAUGAACAUGUCGCCGGUCUUCAAGUCCGAAAAGAUAACAGUUGGAUCACUGUGAAACCAGCUCCCCAUGCUUUUAUCGUCAAUAUCGGAGAUCAAAUUCAGGUUUUAAGUAAUGCAAUGUACAAGAGCGUUGAGCAUAGAGUGCUCGUAAACCCAGCCAAGGAGCGACUGUCACUUGCAUUCUUCUACAAUCCAAAGAGUGACAUACCCAUCGAGCCGGUAAAAGAGCUCGUCACGGAGGAUAGACCUGCACUAUACCCGCCAAAGACAUUUGACGAAUACCGGCUUUACAUAAGAAUGAGGGGUCCAAAGGGAAAAUCUCAAGUCGACUCCAUAAAAUGUCCGCGAGGAUAAUAGUCAUACAAAUUUAAUUUCUUCAUUGUAAAUUACAUGAUGAACAUCCUCGAUCCCUUGAUUGAAUUAACAGUACAACUUGUAAUCAUAAGAGUUUUUCUAUUGGGACCUCGAUAUUUGCUCAUUUAA